CAGCAGCGCCACUGUGUCCGCACCGCUCACCUCUUCACCCUGGAGACGGUCAAACUCGCGCGCAAAGCAGCCAAACGCGGCUGAAUUUGGCAUCUACUGAAAUCCGUAUAACCCCCCUAACGAUAUCGAGGUAGAGAGAAAUUAUAAAAUCAUGAAAAUGUCAACGACAAAAGGGAAAACCCAAGCCGCAACAGCUAGCAUCCUGGCUAGCUCCCGUGACAGCUGGCGCACGUCACGUCAACAUCGAAGGACCCCAAAAACAAGCAGUCACGGGGCACCUUUUCUAACGCGCACCGGAAGUAAACACGAAAUAAGUCGCCGCCGAGUGAGAGCAGCUCGCAGGAAAACAGUGUCUCGUGUAUCAGAAAUGGACCGCUUCGCGUGGUCAAAUGGUCUUCUGGAAAUAAAUGAAACCCUGGUGGUCCAGCAACGAGGGGUCCGGUUAUAUGACGGCGACGAUAAGGCGAAGCUGGACCUCGGUGUCGCCCUGCUGAGCACCCACAGGCUCAUCUGGAGGGACAGCAAAAACCACGAAUGCUGCAUGGCCAUGCCCCUGUCUCAGAUCAUCUUCUUCGAAGAGCAGGCUGCUGGAAUUGGAAAAAGUGCAAAAAUAGUGAUCCAUCUUCACCCACCGCCACCCAACAAGGAGCCCGGCCCGUACCAACAGAGCAAAUACUCCUUCAUCAAACUCUCCUUUAAAGAACACGGACAGAUCGAGUUCCACAGGAGACUCACAGAAGAGAUGACCCAGAAGCGAUGGGAGCACACUGCGGUUCUGCAGACCCUUCCUGCAGCCGCUGGAGCUCAGACAGGAAAGUCUCGAGCGGUGGGCAUCGUUGGCAUCGAGAGGAAGAUCGAAGAGAGGAGGAAAGAAACGGACAAAAACAUUUCUGAGGCGUUUGAAGACCUGAGUAAGCUGAUGGUCAAGGCCAAAGAAAUGGUGGAGCUGUCCAAGUCCAUAGCCAGCAAGAUCAAAGACAAGCAGGGGGACAUCAGUGAGGAUGAGACCGUCCGCUUCAAGUCCUACCUGCUCAGCAUGGGCAUCGCCAACCCCGUCACCAGAGAGACUCACGGCUCGGGAACCCACUACCACCUGCAGCUGGCCAGGCAGCUGGGCUCCAUGCUGCAGGCUCCUCUGGAGGAGCGAGGAGGCAUGAUGGCGCUCACCGAGGUCUACUGCCUGGUCAACCGCGCCCGCGGGAUGGAGCUUUUAUCUCCGGAGGAUUUGUUGAACGCCUGCAAGAUGUUUGAGUCUCUGAAGCUCCCUCUGAGGCUGCGUGUGUUCGACAGUGGCGUGAUGGUGGUCCAGCUGCAGUCUCACAGCGAGGAGGAAAUGAUCGCCUCGGCCCUGGACAACGUGCAAGAGAAGGGCUUGACUGCGGAGGAGUUCGCCAAACUCCUGGGCCUCUCUGUUCUCCUGUCUAAAGAGCGGCUGCUGCUGGCUGAGAAGAUGGGUCACCUCUGUCGGGACGACUCCGUCGAGGGUUUGAGGUUCUACCCCAAUCGCUUCCAGUCCCUGUGACUCCCGCCUCGUCACGUGACCCGGACCACACGUCAGGUCCAAGCUCAGCGUCUCCUGGUCCCAGUUUGUACAUGCACCUUUCUCAGACGUUUGAAAAGAAAAGCAAGCGAACAGAGGACAGGUGUCCUGGCCAAGAAGGUCUCCAUCAGUGAGCAGCUCAGGCUGGAGUCUCCACGGACCCUGAUGCUCGCUGAUGAUCUGGAGAUCUGCAGCGAGAUGGGAUGGAGACGUCUGACUGUCACCAGGACUUGACUCUGCAA